CAUGUGCCAUCCGAAAGGAAAGAGAUUACUUCCUGUUCACCUGUAAGCGGCUUACUUACAGCACAUUCUGUACAAAACUUGCAGUGCAACGUGUUUAUUAAGGGCUAAAAAGGUCUGAGCAGCUUGGAACAAACAAUGAUGUCGGAGCAGGAGGCUCUGAAGUGCUCCAGCGCCAGGAACCGCGGGGGAGUACAGCGGGUUGAAGGGAAAUUGCGAGCUAGCGUGGAAAAGGGGGACUACUAUGAGGCGCAUCAGAUGUACCGUACCUUAUUCUUUAGGUAUAUGUCACAGGCCAAGCAUGUGGAGGCCAGGGAGCUGAUGUUCAGCGGAGCGACACUCUUCUUCAGCUACAACCAGCAGAACAGCGCUGCGGAUCUCUCCAUGCUGGUCCUGGAGUCCCUCGAGCAGUCUGACACUAAGGUAGCGGAUGACAUUUUAGAGCACCUGGCCGAGCUGUUCAGCCUGAUGGACCCAAACUCCCCCGAGCGCGUGGCCUUCGUGUCCCGGGCCCUGAAGUGGUCCACCGGGGGCUCUGGGAAGCUGGGUCACCCCAAACUGCACCAGCUGCUGGCAGUGACGCUGUGGAAAGAGCAGAACUACAGCGAGUCGCGGUACCACUUCCUGCACUCCUCAGACGGAGAGGGCUGUGCCCAGAUGCUGGUGGAGUACUCUGCCUCUCGGGGCUUCCGCAGCGAGGUGGACAUGUUCGUCGCCCAGGCCGUCUUACAGUUCCUCUGUCUAAAGAACAAGAGCAGUGCGUCGGUGGUGUUCAGCACGUACACGCAGAAGCACCCGUCGAUAGAGAAGGGCCCGCCCUUCGGCCAGCCGCUGCUCAACUUCAUCUGGUUCCUGCUGCUGGCGGUGGACGGGGGAAAGUUAACGGUUUUCACAGUGUUGUGUGAGCAGUAUCAGCCUUCUCUGAAGAGGGACCCCAUGUAUAACGAGUACCUGGACAGAAUAGGACAGCUGUUCUUCGGAGUGCCACCCAAACAGUCCUCAUCCUACGGUGGCUUAUUGGGAAACCUGCUGAACAGCCUGAUGGGGUCGGGAGAGGAGGAGGAGGGGGAGGAGGCGCAGGAGGACAGCAGCCCCAUCGAGCUGGACUGAGGGCCCGGAGGAGGAGCUAGGGGCCACGGAGAGGCAACCCAGACCCAUGCGCUGAAGACCCCCACUCCCCGAAAAACAGCCCAACCCCCACUCCCCGAAAAACAGCCCGACCCAACCCCCACUCCCCGAAAAACAGCCCGACCCAACCCCCACUCCCAGCACCGCCCAGACUGGGCCGGAUCGGAAAGCCAAAAAAAACCUACAAAAAACACAAGAAAUCCAAACUAUAAAAGACCUUUUUCCUUUUCCUUUUUUCUUUUUUUUUGGAAGGAAGGAAUGAAUAAUAAUUAUAUUUUAUUUGAGGUUAUUUUUUACGUGUCUCCCUUGUUAUUUAGGUUUUUUUGGGGACUUUUUAAGUUCUGUGUGUUCGGUUUGUGAACGGGGAAAGUGGUGCCGGGUGUGGGGGGCGGGGGGGGGGGGGCGGCUGCAGUCGGUCUUUUCCGGACUUUUCCUUCUCCUCUCGCAGGGACGCCAGGUACCAACACCACAACGCGUUUGCUGUUUCUUCUUCUUCUCUCAUUGCUUGACAUUUCACACACACAGAGCUCCACGGACAGCUGGGUGUACCAGGGUGUGCCUCCCCCCCCCCCCCCUCUGUUCCUGUACAGCACCUCUCUGUUUGGGGGGGAAGGGCACACUGACCAGGCCUGUGGACCAUCUUCCAGUGGGUGGGGGCAGUAAUUGUAUUAAUAAUAGUAAUGGUAAUAACUUAUACUCCUUGUAAAUGUACAUUGACUUCUUCAACACUUAGGCUGGGUGGGGUGGGGUGGGGUGGGGUGGGCGUAUUGGACUGCGUAGGGAGGUCUUCACUUGGAGAUGUGUCUGAUUGCGGUUAAACUGGCAACAGUGUGGCCGAGCUUGACCGCUGUGUGUGUGUGUGCGUGUGUGUGUGUGUGUGUGUGCGUGUGUGUGUGCGUGCGCGUCCGUGCGCGUACAGGUGUGUCACUGAAUCACAUGCGCAUUUAUUUAAGUGACCGUGUGUGUGUGUGUGUGUGUGUGUGUGUGUGUGUGUGUGUGUGUACAUACAGGUGUGGCAUGUUCCUGUGAAUGCGACUAAAUUCCGGCGUUGCUGCUAGCUUGCGGUUUGUCACACACUCCUCUCCUUCCUCUCCGCUCCUGGUUUGUUUGGUUUGCGUUGCUUUGGGAUGAGCUGAGGAAUUAAGUGUGUGGAAUUAAAAGGAGCGGUUUCCCAGCCCUGUCCGUGCCGUAAUGCUUCUUCAGGGGUGCCUACGUCUGGCCCAGGGGGGAGAGCAGUAAUUCUGGCCCAGGGGGGAGAGCAGUAAUUCUGGCCCAGGGGGGGAGAGCAGUAAGUGUGGCCCAGGUGGAGAGCAGUAAUUCUGGCCCAGGGGGAGAGCAGUAAGUCUGCUGGGUUUGACCUCGGGACAGGACUUACUGGGCUCACUCCAAUCCCUUAUCUUUCUCUUCUUUUAUCUUUUAAUCGCUCCCGACCCGGAAAUCGAUCGAGGUCCGCCAGAUUUUUUUAGGACAUUCCAACCCCCUUUAAAUCUCGGAGCGGGAAGUAGAGCUUAUAAACACCCAAGUCUUUCCUUUGAGCAAGAAAACGUCUUUUUUUUUUUUUUUUUUUCUUCCUCAGAAAGCCUGAUGUAUAAAUGAUUCACCUGUGGGUCCACCUCUCCCCACCUGCCACUGACGUUUAAAAGGGCAAGGACAUUCCGUUCACCUAACUCACGUUUUCUCCAUUUCCCAUUUUUCUUUAUUUAUUUUUUCACUUUGACACUAGCCUCUCCCCAUGGGUGGAGCUAGGGGCAAGAAAAGGAGAAAAUAAAUGAUAAAAGAUGAGAGGAAUGAAUCAGUGGAAUGAGCCCAUUGCCCAUCCAUCUGUAGGGCUGUCUCCACGCCUAUAGCCCAAUAUCACCGGCCAGCAUAUACAAACUGCCUGUUCCUCCGUUCUUGGCUCUUUCAGAUAGACCGUGAACACAUCACAGUUUGAGGCUAAGAUGAGAGGUAAUGAAAAAUUCCCAGUAUGAAGCAAGACAAAUGGCAUCCUGUGCACCCGAACAGAUCCAGAGAAAUUCAGUAUUCCAGGGGGGGAAACUUGUGCUUGUGCAUUUCAAAAACAUGCAGUCGUAAAAAAAACAAAAAGUGUGGGUUUUAAAACUAGAAGUUCUGGUAAAGGUGUGUGUGUGUGUGCGCACGCGCGAGUGUGCGUGAAUAUGUGUGUCUGUGUGUGUAAAUAUUGUAAUGUCUCCAAUAGUAGGACACGCCCCUUAACACGUUGGGACCUGGGACGCUAGAACCCACGUUCCGGAACAUUCAGCUGCACUCUGGCGUUUUGAUUGGUGAAGAUGCGAAUGACAUCACAAUAAAACUUAUCUGACACUACUGAAGACUUCAUGUGGACAGUGUGACGUCUCAAAAUAUGUUUAUUGUUCUCUGACCAAAACAAAACCACCCCCCCCCCAAACAGCCCGGACAGGUAGGCCAGGUACCCGGACUUCGCCUGGAAUGUAUCCCAGCAUGCACCUGAGAUGUGUACGCAGAACGUUUGCCCAGGAGAGCAACUGAAGUGACAAGAAGUCCAGAGGACUCAAAAGCUUACAAACCAGCAUGUUGGGUCUUUUUUUUGAUAACCAGAUUUGGAACGCAAAGGGGUUAUUUAUUAAAUGAUUUACUAAAGGAAAUAAAUGUUAUGGCUGA